UACGCCCUCUUAUUUGUCUGCUUGUUUUCUUCCUCAGUUCCCCUCCAAAAUAAAUCCAUCACAAUGAACAACUCUUCCUCGCAACAACAAGGAGGUCACCAGGCGCCACAUAUGAAGUCUGCAGCAUUAAUAGCAUGGAGUUCGGCGCUUGGAAUUGUCGAUGUCGUCAUCCUUAUUGGGAAUGUUCUCACGCUCAUCGUCUUCUCCACUAACAAGAAGCUACUGCGCACGCGUGCUAACUACUUCUUGAUAAACCUAGCCCUAGCAGAUAUGAUGGUUGGAACAUUUGCCAUUCCCAUGUAUCUUUACCACUUGAUUGUCGCCUGGUAUAAAGGCGAUAGCGUUUGGAAACAAUACAGUUAUAAGAUUUACACAGUGGUUGAUGUUUUCGUCGGAUGUGCUUCAAUAUUUACACUGACUGUUAUCGCCCUUGAGCGAGCCUUCUCGGUUUGCUUGCCCCAUAUUCACCGUCAUGUCAAGAACAGAGUGUACUACAUGCUUCUCGGCUUGAUAUGGUUGGUGUCCAUUCUAGUGUCUUGUCUACGAUUUCUUUUUGAAGAGCAGCUCCUUUCAUUGCAGUUUUUCUUCUACUUUUUGUUGGUUUCCUUCGCCAUCGCAUUAUCAAUCAUCUGCAUCUCAUACGUGGUGAUAUGGUUCAGAAUGAAGUUCCGCUUUGCCAGGAGAGACAGCAUUAGGCGGUCAGGAGAGCAGGACAAACGGCUUGCUGUGAUGCUGUUUACAGUGACUGUAGUGUUUGUGUUCACGUGGAUGCCGUUUCAAAUCAUAAACAUAGUGACAUUUUUCUGUAAACCUUGUCAGAAAAUGCCCAAUGAGGUGGCAUAUUUUGCAAAAUUCUUGCAUUAUGGGAACUCUUGUGUCAAUCCUAUCAUUUACUCGUUUUUGGUACCGGAGUUUAAAAGAACGGUAAUCAAAAUUUUAAGGAAACUAAGAACGAAAAAAUCCUAGUAUGGCAGAUUUUGAAUUUAUGGAUUGAACGCAGUUCGCCCACCGAUAAAAUGAUACACGUAUUGAAGGCUCACGCUUGUCUGUUUCAUCUCUCUCUCUCCUUUUGACCGUGAGAGAGAAAGAACCAUUCAUUUCCUAGGAAAUGAAGUGGACGAAUUAGUUAAAACCAAAAUGUCUUAUUAAGGUGGAAAUUCAUUUAGUCAUUAGACCACCACGUUUAACUCUCAGCGUUUACUCAUCAACCGAUCAAUGAAUUUCUUUACAUCCAAUAAUUAGCUUUCAAUCCGGUUAUUUUCUUCGAACCUUCACUCUACGCCGCUGCUAGGCACUGGCAAAGGAAACUAUCGGUUCGAAAUUGUUGUGAGUGAGUGAGUGAAUGAGUGAGGUUCAAAACAGUAUUGUGAAGCACUUCUAUUUUGAUAGAUUGACUGCCACUCUCUUUCAUUUUCUUUCAAAUUUCCAAUCAUUGGUGAACAAGGUGUAGCCAUUUUCACGACAUGAUACGUUUCCAGAGCAACGGUAUAAGCUGAUGAUAAUACAUUCAGUUUUUGCUUUAAGGGCUGCUAAUCUACCUCCGAAAACGAGUACAGAGGUCCCAAUUUUCAUUAUCUGUUGUAAUUAGCAGAUCAAGAUUCAACUGUCUCGCUAAAUUUGCUAAAAGCGAUUGUGGGAGCGGAUUUUGUUUUUAACUAAUGGGGGGAGCAUUGAACCAUCAAAGCGAGAAGAGUGGACUUAUGCUGGAAACCGUAAUUAUAGUCACCUUAAAACUAGACUUUACUCUGCACUCAGUACACUACUGUCAGUUGCGAAUGGACUUAUAAAUGACACUUACCGUCAGGCGUAUUAGUAUAGGGUCCCGUAUUAUGGGUAAUUGUUAUAGGCACCUAUUAGGACAGGUCAAUAAGCGCGUUUAAAGAAUAGGGUCAUUUAUGACCUCUUUAGGUCUUUGCAAAUACAAUGCAAGAAAUAAACCUGUUAACUUGAGAUUACAUUACACGUUAA